AUGGCUCCCUCCCAAAUCCAGAUCGCCACCUCCUCGCUCCAGCGACUGCUGAAGGAAGAAGCGUCGUACUACAAAGAGCAGGUGCAGCAGGAGGUGCGCAUCGCCAAGUUGGAAAAGGAGGGCGCUGGAGGUGGAGCUGACGACGAGGACGGCAACCGAGAAUUCCAGUUGAAGCAGGAGAAACGAGCGCUCGAAGAGACAAAAGCCAUUAUCCCUACGAUCAGGGAGCGCAUCACCAGCGCGCGAGAGAAACUGGAGAGUGUCCUGGACACCGCCACGAAUGACGAGGAACGCAGUAAGGCCGUUGAGGUCUUGAAAUCGGCCAAGGAGGCGCAGAAGGACGAUCCGGUGGCAGGACAGCAGACCUCAUGA